AUGGAGGAAAAUCCAGACGGGUCCAUGGCCCGUCUGGGUCAAGGCGGAAUAGAACCGCCCCCUAAAUUAACUCGCUUAUCAGAUGGAAAUGAAACAACAUUUAAAUUACCUUUGACGGCACGUAAUAAUGAUUUUGAAAAGUUUGCAGGUGAAAACAUGGCUGCUGGGAUAACAUCAGACCACGAGAAUUCAACAUCAAUGGAUACAACAGAAGAUCGAAAUGACCCAACAAUCCAUGUAUCUAUGGAAAUGCCGGUUUUGUACGAAGAUGACCACAAAGGGCCCUUUGUGGUGUAUGUUGAUACGAUCAAAUCGGAACCGAGAACACCUAUAAAUCAAUUCAGACUAACGAAAAAACUCAUUGACCUCAACGUGGGUGAAAUUGACUACAUCAUAAAGAUUGGAUACUGCCGAUGCAAAAUAGUUUUUAAGACAAGACGUGCAGCUAACGUUUUUGUGAUGGACAAACGUUUGGAGAAUUCCGGUUAUGUUGCUCAAAUUUUUACCCACCUUCUGACGAAAACUGGUAUUAUCUUUAAUAUACCUGAGGAAAUAUCGAUGUAUGAACUUUUUGGCCUGCUUAACUCCCCAGUACCUAUUGUUAAGUUGAUUAGGAUGACAAAGAAAAAUGGUAAUGAAAGGGAACCCACCAUGAAAGUGAAAGUUGUUUUUAAAGGUCUACAAAUUCCCAGGGAAAUGGAUUUUGCAUAUACUAAACUGGUUACUAAACCUUUUAUCCCCUUCGGGCAAUGUUACAAUUGCUACAGGUUCAAUCACAUAGCAGACAAUUGCAAGCAAAAAGAUAAAACAUGUAAUAACUGUUUUAAGAGACAUAAUGUUGGUGAUAACUGCGACCCGAGUAACAUACAAUGUUCCAACUGUGGGGACAACCAUGCACCCACUAACAGAAGCUGUCCUGCCAGAGAAAAGGCCCUGAAUUUGAAAAGAAUAAUGGUCUUAGAGAACUUGAGCAUUAAGGAUGCAAGAAUUAAAUACGCUGGAUUAGUAGGAGGUAAUCGAUUCGAAUUACUAGGUGAGGAGGGCAUGGAAAAUGUAUUCCCACGUAUUAACAACAAAAAGGACAGAAUUGUUAACAACAUGACAGAGGCGGCCAAAUUCCUGCACAAGUCGAAUUCAUUUGCGAAGGUACUUAAGAAUAAUGGAAAUAGACAGAGAGAACAGGCAAAUGCCAGACGGGAUAUGGAAACCUGGCGCGAAAUGACACGGGAACAAGAACUUGAAUAUAAUAAUGGUAAUGAUAUUACUAAUCCCUACUCGGUAUCCUAG